AUGACAGGCACGCCUGAGGAGAACAAAUCCUACCCAGAAACUCCAUCUUCUCCAAAAGCUAAAGAACCAGAGGUUCAACCAGAUUCACAGAAAUGGGGCACUCACGUUAUGGGUCCGCCGGCAGCACCAGAAGUUCACCCAGAUAAUCAGAGAGCAGCCCUUUGGACCCCUGAAGGACCCCACCAGUAUUACCACAACCAUCCUUAUCUCGUCUAUUCCCCCAUCGACAAACCAGCAGAUAACCCUUUUGAAUAUGUCGUCAACGUGUUCAAUUCCUGGAGUCACAAAACUGAGACCAUAGCCCGUAAUAUCUGGCACAACUUGAAAACAGGACCAUCUGUGUCGGAAGCUGCUUGGGGGAAGGUCAAUUUGACUGCCAAGGCUUUAACAGAAGGGGGAUUUGAGGCUCUGUUCAAGCAGAUUUUUGCUACUGAUCCAAAUGAAAAGCUGAAGAAGACAUUUGCCUGUUAUCUUUCCACUACAACUGGUCCUGUUGCUGGAACACUCUAUCUCUCAACAGCUCGUGUGGCUUUUUGUAGCGAUCGUCCAUUAUCUUUCAGAGCUCCAUCUGGACAAGAAACUUGGAGCUAUUACAAGGUGAUGAUACCUUUGGGAAACAUUGCAUCUGUGAAUCCAGUGAUUGCGAGAGAAAACCCACCAGAGAAAUACAUUCAGAUCGAGACAGUUGAUGGACAUGAGUUUUGGUUUAUGGGUUUCGUGAACUUUGAGAAAGCAAAUCAUCAUCUGUUGGAUGCUGUAUCAGAUUUUAGGGCAGCUGCUAAUGUGGUGGUUCAACCGGUUGCUGGCUAA